AUGGAAAAUAUGCGCAAGAUUUUCGCGCGCCUUCAAAGCCAGUCUUUAACAUUGACUCGUGCCGAUAUGGACCAUCCGGCAAAAGAUCAUCGCGAAAUACCGGUGACUCCUCAUAUUUCAAUAGAUGUCCCCGGAUCUUUCGCUUCCAUUGCGGAAGCGCGUGACUACUUUGAAAGCAUUUAUCAGAUAUGCGUUCAUCACUAUCCCAGAAUCAUGCAGUCCACACCAGCUGUUGAGGCUCCUAAUAUGUCCACCUAUCUAAUCCAGCAAUACGGAGCCCUAUUUCACAAAUGGCGCACUGCUUUGGUCCACUUCGAAGAGUCUCGUGGCGAGUCGCUAACUACGAAAGAACGGAUAGGCCUUAAACUACUCCAUAUUCAUAAGAACAAUACAAUGAUGUACUAUGAGUAUGCAAGAUCUAGCGAGGCCGCACUCUUCUCCAAGGAGACGAUGCCUUUCUCCUGGGAUGAUCAUAAUCGUCAAUUUGAAGAGAUCGUCUCCUUGGCAGCCUCUGUAAUCGAGACAUCUUAUGAUGCCAGUCCCUUCAAUCACUCAAAUGAAGGAAGAAUCCGGCCAUCAUUUUCGCUUGAUAACGGUGUGGUUGGUCCGCUUUAUAACGUUGCUACUUUGUGUCGCGAUCCGUUUAUUCGCCGUAGGGCUGUUGAUUUACUGCGUUCAGCACGGCGGCAAGAAGGAAUUUUCAACAGCGACCUCUGUGCAAUCGUCGCGGAAAAGAUUAUUUCAAUCGAAGAAACUGCUGCUGAGAAGGUCAUUUUAGACUAUCAGAGCGAUCUUCUGUCCUUGGAAUCUAUCAUUUCUAACAAAAAGCUGGAAAAACCGGGGAGUGAGAUUACGAAAAGUUCGGGAAUACCCAAUACCGUGCGUCUGACAUAUGCUUACCCGAAAUUCGACAUAUUCAAGAAACAGAUGUUCUUGACAAUCGGCCAGUCGAUGAAAGCUGAUAUCAAUAUCCCUUUGCCUGCGAUGAGCUUCCUAGUAGAUGUGCCAAACUAG